AUGCUGGCCAAAUCACUUGCCACGGCUGUGUUGACCCUUGGUCUCUCAGCCCAGGCCACUCAGCUUUUUAGCAACACUGGAACAACCUCAGGCUGGGAUUCCACAAACAAGGAGCAUAAGGGAACUGUGCAACAGGUCACCAACAUUGUCUAUGAAGGGACCACUGCCCUGAAAAUGACCCAGAUCUACGACUCGAGUUACACCGGACGAUACCAUUCCGAGGUCGUCAAGAACAACGUGUACAAGCGCGGAGACACUGGAUUCUACGGAUUUGCCUUCCGUCUACAAGAAGACUGGCAAUUUUCUCCGGCGCAAACUUACAACAUCGCUCAAUUCAUUGCCGAUUUCUCGGACACCGGUUGCGAUGAUUUCAUGCCCUCAAGCAUGGUCUGGUUAGAAGGCAACCAGCUUUACUCCCGUGUCAAACAGGGCACCAUCUGCGCCCAAAAGACACAAACCUUCUCGAACCUUGCUACGGUCACCCCAGGCGCUUGGCAUCGAGUUGAAAUCCAGGCUAAUUGGCAGACCGAUGGCACCGGAUACUACAAGUUGUGGUUUGAUGGUACUAAGGUUUUGGAGGAAUACAAUAUCGACACUACCAUCGAGGAUGAUCGCUAUUUCCAGUUCCGCGUUGGACUCUACGCGAAUGGGUGGCACGACGAUAAGGAGAUGAAGGGAACUCAGGGAACUCGCCAGGUGUGGUAUGAUCAGAUCGCGGCUGGCUCCACCUUUGCCGAUGCCAACCCUUCGGGGUGGUGA